AUGCCCAGUGAUUAUAACUGUGUGAAGCUGAGAAGUGACUGCUCAGGACCAUCCCUGCAAUGGUACGCCCGUCCUCAGAACAAGAUGAGAAGGCCCAGCUUGUUCAAAAACAUUGUCAAAUGUACGUUGUUUAUGUUCGGAGUAUGGAUCUUUUAUAUCGUCAAGAAAAAUUAUGCUUUCGAAGAAUGUGACACGAGAACGCCUAAUGUGAAUCCCAACCAUGUUAAGAGAGCUCAGAGCUACACACAGCAAGUUUUGCAGAGGGAGUGCCGCCCCGGGUUUGCCAAGAAGGCUAUGGCGCAGCUGUUCAAGGGCCGGUACAGCCUGGACCUGCAGCCCUUUGUGACGCCCGCUGCCAAGGUGGACGAGGCUGAGUACAAGUAUGGCCCUCCUUUCGGAUUCCGGAAGUUCUCCGGCAUGGCCCAGGCCCUCUUGGAAAGCUUGCCCGAACACGACCUUCCCGAACACCUGAAAGCCAAGGCCUGUCGGCGCUGUGUGGUCAUCGGAAGUGGGGGGAUACUUAACGGUCUAGAGCUGGGCCAUGCCCUCAACAAGUUUGAUGUGGUGAUAAGGUUAAACAGUGCACCAGUUCAGGGAUACUCAGAGCAAGUUGGAAAUAAAACUACUAUCAGGAUGACUUAUCCCGAGGGUGCACCACUAUCUGACCUUGAAUAUUAUUCCAGUGACUUGUUUGUUGCUGUUUUAUUUAAGAGUGUUGACUUCAGCUGGCUUCAAGCAAUGAUAAAGAAUGAAACCCUGCCGUUUUGGAUGCGACUGUUCUUUUGGAAGCAAGUGGCAGAAAAAAUCCCACUCCAUCCAAAACAGUUUAGGAUCUUGAAUCCUACAAUUAUCAAAGAGACAGCUUUUGACAUCCUUCAGUACCCAGAGCCACAGUCCAGUUUCUGGAGCCAAGAUAAGAACGUGCCCACAAUGGGUGCUAUUGCCAUGGUAUUGGCCACACACCUGUGUGACGAGGUCAGCCUGGCGGGCUUUGGCUAUGACCUCACUCGACCCAGAAUACCUUUGCACUACUUUGACAAUCAGUGCAUGGCUGCCAUGAACUUCCAGACCAUGCACAACGUGACCACGGAGACCAGGCUGCUGCUCAGGCUGGUCAAGGCUGGCGUGGUGAAGGACCUGAGCGGUGGCAUCCACUGUGAAUUCUGA